AUGUCCAAUGUGACAAAGCUAACGGCUUCCAACUUCCUGAUGUGGAACCGUCAGAUCCGUGCCCUGCUUGCUGGUUAUGGGCUUGCUCACUUCCUCGAUGGUUCCGGCGAUACUCCGGCGCCCACAGUUCUUGUCAACGGCGUCUCUGCUAACAACCCGAAGUUCAUCUUGUGGCAACGACAAGAUCAACUCAUCUACUCCAGUCUUUUGGGAGCUAUCUCUGUUGAGAUCAAGUAUUGGAAGAAGGGAACCCGAUCCAUUGAUGAAUACUUCCAGGGCUUUGCUACUUGGUCCGAUCAGCUUGCUCUGCUUGGUAAGCCAUACGAACUUGAAGAACAGGUUGAUCAUCUUCUUAGUGGUCUCCCUGAAGAAUACAAGCCUAUCAUCGAUCAGAUUGAUGGGCGUGAGACCCCUCCCUCCUUGACCGAGAUCCAUGAAAAACCCAUUAACUAUGAGUUGAAGCUUAAUGCACAAGCAUUUGUGUCGUCCUCUGUUCCUAUCACCGCUAAUGCUGUCUAUUCCAAGUCGACAGGCUCUUCUCCUCAUUUUCGUACUCUGAAUCGAUCUCAUGCAUGUGGUUACCAUCACAACUCUAACCGUUGCUCUCAAGGUAGAGGUUAUAACGGUCGGUGUCAACUAUGCGGUGUGUUUGGGCACAAUGCUCGUUGGUGCUCUCAGUUGCCCUCUGGUGGCAACUAUCAACCAUCUGGUGGCAACUAUCACUCUUCUGGUGGUGGUUAA